AUGCGACCAGCAGAGUUAGAAUCAAGCUUUAAAGAGAGCUCAAGUUUGAAGUAUGUUGGCAUGUUUUGUCUGAGAGUCUACCAGGUUAGUGAUCUGAUCUGUUUGAUUGUGUAUCAGUAUAAAUGUUUUUCAGAUAUUGCUCCGACAUUUAAAGAAGUAUUCAGAUCCGUUACAAUCGAGCCAGGGUCAACGGUUUCGUUAAAGUGCAUAGCAACCGGGAAUCCUUUACCUGAAGUACGUUGGACAUUGGAUGAAUAUCCCAUUCCUGGUCAUCUCCGCUUUUCUGUCGGUGAUUUCGUGACUUCCAAGGCUGAAGUAAUAAGCUUCGUCAACGUGACUCACAUCCGAGUGGAAGAUGGAGGUUACUAUAAAUGUCAAGCCUCUAAUGAUGUCGCUAGUGUCUUUAACCGAAAGAAAAUUAACGUCAUUGGUCCACCAUUUGUUCGCCAAAUGGGAAAUAUGACAACUGUAGAAGGUAAAACGUUUAACGUGAGAUGCCCUGCUGCUGGUUAUCCUGUUGAGGAGAUUCGAUGGGAUCAUAAUGGCAGGCGAAUUCCUUAUAACCACCGCCAGAGGUCGUUCAGUAACGGAACCCUCAUAAUAGAAGAUGUUGACCAGAGAAGUGAUGGAGGACAAUACUCAUGUGUGGUGCGAAACCAAAGAGGGCAGCGUGAUCAAGGAAAAAUGUUCCUCGAUAUCUUAAUUCCUCCUGUCAUUGAACCGUUUAUUAUCCCUACUGGACUUGAGGAAGGAUCUCGAUCCAAGAUUCUGUGUUCCGUUACUAAAGGUGACACUCCAAUCAGGAUUUCUUGGCUGAAAGAUGAGAAACCGAUCCCUUCGUACCUCGAAGUUAAUGAAGCUGCAAUAGACGACUUCUCCACGUUUCUUACCUUCCCCCGGCUCCUGCUGAAACACACGGGAAACUAUACAUGUGUAGCCGAGAACAAGGCCGGGUCAACAAAUUAUACUGCGCCGAUGAUAAUUUAUGCGCCACCUAGAUGGAUAAAUGAGCCCACUGAGACUUCGGCAAUCUUAAACCAUGACGUCAUCAUCAACUGUCAAGCUGAAGGAUUCCCCCAACCUGUGAUUUCUUGGAAAAAGUCAAUAGGGUCAUUGUCCAGUGACUAUGUCACUAUACGCACCAACGCUCACAUCAACGUCAUGGUCAACGGUUCUCUGGCCAUUCGGAAAGUAGAAAGGAGUGACGCAGGUUUUUAUAUGUGUCAGGCAGCCAAUGAAAUAGAAUCUGGACUUAGUACAGUGAUCAGAUUGCACGUGAAAGGUACGAAAUGCAUAGUUUUGUAACAUAGUUACUACUUAACAUAUCGUAUGUGUUGUAAGACGACUCUUCAUCUCAUACUUCCAAGUGCAAU